CUCAACUUAGAUAACAUCACAACCCAAAAUUGGUAGUAUUUCAGCGAAUUGAAUGCACGCUUCCUGUUGUCUUUUACAUCUCUGUAAACUUAUACAGCUGUUUACUUAACUGGAACGAAUUAUUUUAACUCCUUUUAUAGAUGUGUUGAAUAAAUCACAAAUACGAAUUAACACAGGGAUAUACAAACUUGAGGAAUGUUUUAAAUCAGCUACAUGUAUAUAUCUAUUUAUGAUACGAAUUGAAUAGGUAAUAUAAACUAUACACAAGAAAACAAGUUUUACUAAUGAACUUUGGUAACAACCGCAAGUGUUUGCGAUACAUAACGUGUAAAGGAUCGCCAUACUUGUAGCAUUUAAUAUGGAUAGUAAGGUGCGUUCUGUUUUGUGCAGUAUAACAAUUCUGUGUCUGCUUGUACUGGUGCUUUUGAAUAAAAGCGCUAUUUUUCGCAUCAGUCAUAUACGUCAAAACAACGAUACUUGCAACUCCUUUCUUCGGAAAAAUUUGAAGGAGCAAAUAACUGAAGCACAUUUAAAAAGGCUGAUAGAUAUAUGCAAAGCAGACGGCUAUUUAAAUGAUCUUGAAGAAUUUGAUAUGCCAGUUUUGAAUGAAAUUUUGAAUAAUUUGAAAUGUCUUUCCAAGCCGAAGAAGUUUUUCAAAAGCACAAAGCCACUGGUCGCUCUUGCUAGUUUUCCGGGUUCAGGAAAUACAAUGACACGGGGGAUUUUGGAAACCGUCACGGGUAUUUUAACCGUCCCAAAUAAUCGAAGAGAACUAUGUCCAUCUAGGGGUUAUGCCUUUAUCAUAAAGACACACAGAACGGACGACCAUGCACAGAGCCAAGACUGUUUGAACGUUAACACACAUCGACUCAACUACACUAAGGCUAUUUAUAUCCUUCGGAACCCUUAUAAUGCUAUGCUGGCCGAAUACAGGCGAGAAAUUAAAGUUAAAUCACUGCAAGGAAAUUAUUUCGGUGCACCUUGGAAGGCAUUUGUAUAUAAGAUGUCAACACAAUGGAAAAAGAUGACAAUUUACUGGCUUAAAACAUUUAAUAAACCUGUGCACCUCUUGGUUUAUGAAAAAAAUGUUGGCCAAGAGAAUGAGAGAAGUAUAUUCAUUGACACAUUUUUUAAAUGUCAAUAUAACGCUUGAAAGCUUGUUAUGCACAAAGAGCAUUUAUGUUGAAAAACGAAAGAGAACAUAUGAGAAGUGGUUGUCCGAAAAAGGUGUAUCUGAAUUGUUUAAUAAAAAAAUGAGGAGAUUUGUAAACAAAAUCCUUUUAUCAACGAUGAAAAUUGUAAAUUUGAAUGAGUUCAAGGAAUAUAUUUUACCAGAAAUUUAAAAUUGAGCAGUUUGAAUUCAGCUAAUUUAUGUGUACAUAGUAAAACAGUGAAUUAUCGGGUAUAUAUAUAUAUAUAUGUAUAUAUACACUCAAUUACAUGACAAGAUUCAUUUAUCUGAUUUAUAUAUAUAUAACUAUAUAUAUAAAAGUUCAAUUUGCAAGGAAUUAACAGCAGUAGACUUCUGUAUUUUAUUUCAAUUAUUUUAAUUCUUCACUGCAAGCGCUUACAAUUGUACAUAUAUCUUCAGGCAGUUUACAUUUUGAAAUAAAACAAUGACGUCACGUCAUAACAAAAAUUACGGGAAACGUCGUAAACAGACGUUGAAGCAAACUUCAAGAAAAAUGUAUAAUACACUCAAGAAUACCCUGUGUAUAUGCACACAAAACUUGGCAGAAACAGAUAUUGUACCAUUUAAAAAGGGGAGUUAAUAACUGUUGUUAAAACAUAUUUAUGCUCGAUAUAUAAGUUAAGAUAUAAUAUCAAGAUGUUUACUUAAAACGUAACAAUAGCUUAAAAAUCAAUUAUGGAUACUGUAGAAAGAAAGAAUUACUCAAAUUACCCACUUGUCCUUUAUGACAAAAGUGGUAUAUAGCCAACUAUAGAAACAGCAAAAUUUAAAGGGAGGUAAUAAAAUUUAAAGAUACAACUGUAUCACAUGAAGGAAAAGAGAUAAAAAUUUAAAGAACAAAGGAAUGGUAGUACGUUAAGUGUACACAGUUGAUAAUAUUAAUUUUUAAACAAUUAUGACCGGU